AUGACGUCUUGCUCAACUGCAGCAAACUGGCAAUCAAAAAUCCUGAAGAAAGAGUACCAAAACUGGCUGGCUGUAGGCCACGCCCUUUCUCUUAUGUGUGAUGGGCUAAGGCCUUUCAUCGAGAGGGAGAUGAAAGCCUUUCAUCAAGUGUUACUGGCAAACCUUGCCUCUACACCCCCUUGUACCUGUCGAAAGCCCCUAAACCACUCUUGUGCUUGGGCUAAACAGCUUUUAAUGUACCAUAGAGGUGGAAAACCAAGGUGGCGCCAAAGCGACUCUUACAAGUGGACAGAUCCAAACCUUGGUUACUGGGAGGUAGCCAAACUUUUCAUGUCCGAUUUGGGGAAAAGCGCUGUUGAUGUGAUAGACGCGAGUAGUACUGACUGCACGGGAUUGACCAAUCUUCUGUUCUGGUGUUCCCACUUUCCCGUACUACACCAUCUCGUUGAAGAGGUGCGAAAGACGCGAAAUACCAGAUGGGGACACGCUCCGAGACAGGAGCUAACAGAUGGAGAAAAAGCAGGUGCCCUUGCAGCGAUAAGAAAUCUCCUUCAAGAUCCGAACUUAAUUUCUGACAAUGGCGCUAAAGCGGCUCUCGCGGAGAUUGACGCAAUGGAGAAGGAUUUCGAUGCACGUAGUAUUGAAAGGAAAGUUCUGGCAGAUUUCCAAGAGACAGUGUGUGGUCAACUGGAUGACAUUGAAGGGGAAAUUAAGGCCUUCAAGAAAGACUGCAAAGGUGUAAGCAACAAGGUACAAAAGAAGCUGCUGAGUUUGCAAACGCGACAGACGAAGGUCUUCAAGCUUCUGAAAAGUAUUGAUGACAGAAAGGAGGACGCGGCAAAUCGAAACCUUUCGUUUGUAACACAAGUUUCAAACCUCGUCAAAUGGGUGUAUACAAGCGGAAGGCAGUUUGUCCAUGACAACGUUCGCAGCAUGAAUGCUAAGUCCCUCACUCCAUGGUUGCUGUUAAUGGUACUCCUGAAUUGCUGUAGAUGUUUAAGUAAGAACUCUUACAACGAUGGUAAGUUUUGACUCUGUCAGCUACCUUCAAUAAUACACUACAUUUGUUUUCAAUUACUUAUUUGUUUACGAUCGAAUGGGGAAGACCGGACAAAGGUUUUAAGCACGAUAUGGACGAGCAGCUAAUUUGAUUCUCUAACCAGAGGAAACUACAAAUGAAAAGAAUGAGAAUUAAGAGGACAGCUUUCUGUUCGAGUUUCGGUAAAGAUGACGAAUUAGGACCGUUCAAACAACUCUUAUCUGUGUUUUGCUUUACCCAGUCAUUCAUUUCAUGAUAGCUGUCUACUACAAAAACAAUGCUAUCUACCCUUUAUAGCAGUUCAUCGAAGAGGUAGAUCAUGAGAGGCGAAAGUGAGUGAUUUGGUUGAUUUGUUGGACACUGAGAACGAGAUUAACUCCCAUGAGUGACCAAGAUAGAAUUUCUCCCUAUAAUAUCUAUGCAAUAUCAAGUAGACAAGUGAUGAGAUUAAAUUAAAACAUCAAUGAGGGUAUGAUUAGUUGAUCCACUACCAAAUUCUCCAAACAAACAUAGCGAUAACGAUACGGCAGACAGCAAGGAGAAUAAAUAAUAAUAUCUUGUGAGUGAAAGGGUUAAGAAGACUUUAUGUUGACGAGAGAGGAAACAAAUCCUUAUUCGAAAUAAACAUUUUAACUCUCAACGCAAUUGUUCUUAUUUUAGUUUUUCUUUUCAGGGUGCCCGAUUGAAGAUGGUUUUGUUCCUUUUGACAGUAAGGAAUUCAAUUUCACAAGCUACUUGAGUAAUGCCCGAGAAAGAUUCACUGGACGGCUCUGGCUCUACAAUGAACUGGAAACAAACUUGAUGAAACAAGAUACCGACCGUGGGGUUAUAGUUAUUGGUGAGCCAGGCGCAGGUAAAUCUGCACUGACUGCCCAUCUGAUCUGUUCUCGCUCAUCUAAUCCUUUUAUUCACAAAAGAAUCAUUGGUUACCAUUUAUGUAAGCACGCAGACAAAGCCACUCAGGACCCUGGUCGAUUUGUUCGCAAUUUAGUCGACUUGAUGGCCAGAAGAGUUCCAGAAUAUGGAAUGUUGAUCUCCAAUAGCUCACUCAUCCUUUCAGUUCUAGAAGGAAGUUGUGUAAGAGAUCCGUUUGAAUGCUUUGAACAGGCUCUAAUGGCGCCACUUUUGCAAUUAAAAGGUGAACCUCAAUUCUAUUUUAUUGUCAUAGAUGCCUUAGACGAAUGCUCGUCAGACAACGGAGGGACCUCAAUAGUUCAGUUUAUAAGAGAAACGUCCAGUAAGCUUCCAAAAUGGAUAAAGCUGGUAAUGACUUCUCGUAAUGACUCAAAUGUCCUAAGACAUUUCAGUCAUGUCCCCAAAGUGUAUAUGUCCUCCACAGAUGCUCGAAACUUACAAGACAUCGAGAUAUUUAUUACCACUAAACUAUUCGAAGAGGCGCCGAUUCUCCACAGGCUGAAAGCAGCAUUAGGAUUCAGUAGUGGUGAAGAGAUUUCUUUUCUGACGAGGAAGUUAUUGAGUCAGAGCCAGGGGAAUUUCCUUUUCGUGAAAGAAAUGUUCCAUUUUUGGGAAGACGAGCUCAGCAAUGACGCAGACUUGAAGCAGCUCCCAAAAACGAUUGGUGGGAUAUAUGAGAAUUACCUGAAAAGGGUUUAUGGUUCCCGAGAAAAGUUUAAAUCCGCUUUGGCUAUUCUGGAGAUCAUGGUGGCUGCAUUUGAACCAAUGCAGGUUGAUCGUGUAUUCCAGGUUUUAAGAAUGCAGCAGAACAUCGACUACGAAUAUGACUUUGUCUACGCGUUAAAAGAUCUUUCACAUUUUAUCAGAUAUGAAGAAGACAACACCAUCACUAUUUUCCACCUUUCCUUUACGGAGUGGCUCACAAGCAGUGAAAAUAUUGGCAACCCAUACUAUGUUAGUCGGAAACACGGUCACGGAAGAUUGGCCAAGUACUAUUUAAGUGUUGUCAAAAAAAACCAGAACUCAAUGGACAUUUACCAUUUAGCACAUCACAUAAGUUUUUGGGAGGGCGACGAGAAUUUCCUCGAGGAGUUUGGAAAUAUUAAUGCCUCUUACAUAAAUGCCUCCAUCAACAGUGAUAACAAAACCCUUCUUCACCUUGCCGCAGAAGAUGGCAAUUUAAAACUUCUUCAGCUACUUGCUCCUGCGUUUGAGAGUGUUGACUGUGAGGACAAUUAUGGUUUUACUCCAUGCUUCCUCGCUGCUAAAAAAGGUCUCAAAGAAAACGUUGAAUUUCUCAUUAGCAGAGGAGCUAAUACUGACCACCGAACUAAGCCACCACCUCCCAUACGAUUUGUAAGGGAAAUUUCUCCUUUAAUGUUUGACGUAGAUCCCCUUGAACGAGCUAAAACAGCUUUCUGGAACUCCACCAUGAUGCAUGCAGCCGCAUCAGGAGGUCAUACCGCCGUGAUACGAGCUCUUCUCAAAAGGAAUGCUUCGUUUCACGAUGUGAACGGUGCUAACCUGACGGCCAUCCAGCUGGCGGCACAAAAUGGACACUUAGAUGUUGUCCAAAUUUUGUAUUCUAAGGGGGCUGAUGCAGACCAUCUUUCUCUUCAACUUGCCGCUCACGGCGGUCACCCGCAUGUCAUAAAGUUUCUCUUGAAGACUGGUUUGAUGGAUACCUGCUUGCGAUGUGAUGGCUCAUUUUAUUGGCUCGGAAACAAAGUAAGAUACCAAGCGGCCUCUUGGUAUAACUCUACUGGUCUGCAUAGGUACAUUUUAUCUCACGACAAUUACAGAAUUGAAUGCCAAAGUGCACUUCAUUUGGCAGUCGCAGGAAAACACACAGAGGUAACUAAACUGCUAUUGUCCAUGAAAUACACGGCAAUCCACUGCAAAGAUUUCACUGGUCGAACCCCACUUCAUGAAGCAGUGAGGCAAAAUGAUUUGGAAAUAGCAAAGCUUCUCAUAAGAAGUGGUGCCCGAAUUUCUCAAAAAUGCACGAAAUUCCAAAAUUUAUCUUCCUCUCGUAGCUCCGAAGAGAAAGGUGGUGGAGAACGAAUAGUGUUUCUCAAUAAAAGAGAACAAGCAGAGUACUAUAAAGAUCUGUGCCACUGUGGUACGACACCAUUUCUUCUUGCUGCAAGAUAUGGUGCAAUUGAGGUGGCAUCUCUACUCUUGCGCUAUGGCGCAAGGCCUGACGAUGAGGAUUGCCAAGGGGCCAUGCCACUUCAUAUUGCUGCGUGUCAUGGCCAUUACGAUUUUAUUGAAUGGCUUCUUUCUCAAAGACCUUCUAUUCAUAUUAACAUAAAAAGUAAAAACCUCUCAACACCGCUUCACAGUGGCGCCAUUUGCAAUAUCAACAAGGACAUCAAACCGUUACUAGACAUGGGCGCUAGCAUUUAUGAAAUUGAUGAAAACGGAAUGACACCAAUGCACUACGCUGUGGUCGACAAUUUUGAAAAGUAUUCAAAUUUGAUUUUUGAAUUUGAGGAACUCAGCAGUUCAUCAUUUAUCACAGUUUGGGGCCCAGAAGGUGACAUUACGGUAACGCAUGAUUCUUACGUUUCUAGGGCUGUACCGUUGAGCUUUCAGUGUCUAAAGCUGAUCGAAAUCAUUAAAUCAUCAGGUGCCUCAUAUAUAAAUGAAAUGGAUACAAGUGGAAAAACAGCACUACAUCUCGCGGCACGAACAGGGGAGGAGUGUUGUGUCCUACAGCUUCUGAAAAAUGGGGCCAGAACAGAUUUAAAUGACAAACAAGGGAAAAUCCCUCUUGACUUUGCCAUGGAAUUUGCGACUAAAUUGUUUUAUCCCAGAAUGGCGAACCGCAGUGAUGAAAAGAUAAAUUUUGACCUGAUUCUAGCCUUGAACAGAAGGUAUCAUAAUUCAGUAGCUGAUAUCUUGCUCUCUAGAGAGUACAACCUGUCCCAGGCGUGCAAAGGAAAUAGAACUGAUCUGUUGCAUCGUGCGUUUGAGAAGCAACAGCCAAUCAUUGCUUACCUAUUACUAUCAAAGGGCCAUAGCCUUAGCUGUAAAGAUGCACAAGGUCGAUCCCCACUGUUAAUUUAUUUGCAGAAUGGUGGCGAAUGGCUGGACGUUGUUUUAAGGCGAUUUGAUGUACCUAUUCAUAUCGAAUGUGGGAAGCCUUUUAACCAGUCGGAAUUGCAUAUGCUAGCGUUUAGAAAGCCGACUGUGGCUACUGACAACCUUCUUGAGUACCGUACCUAUGAUGAUUUAUAUUACUUUGAAGAGGAUGGACCCCUUUUGAAAGCAAUUCAGGCUCAUCCGUCAAAAUUCCGCGUCGUGGACGAGUGUCGUGACGCUGAAGGAUACACAGCAUUACAUAGGGCUGCUCAAGGAGGCAACCUAUUUUUCAUUAAGAGGUUUCUUUCCUGGGGAGCCGAUCCGAAAAUACUAACUUCUCAAGGGCACAGCUCUUUAGAACUUUCCAUCAUGUAUGGAGGGAUAAGCCAUUAUCUAUCAAGUCCACCCAUACACACUGCGGAGAGAGCUGUAGAUCUUUUGUUUAAAGCCACAAAACGUUCUUCACGUUUUGAUGUUGGAUGUAAUAGAGCUCAGGAAAAACUCACAAUAUAUCACUUGGCAGCUUACAGAGGUCUGAUUGGCUUUGUCAAAACUCUUUUAAAUGAUCGAAGCAUUAAUGGCAUUGAUGUUAAUUGUUCAAAUGUGCAUGGCAUAACACCUUUGUACCUUGCCAAACUGUACUCUGGGACAGAGGAGCCUUCUGAAGGCAAAAGGGAUCGAUGGCAGGAAGUCGUUGAUUUUAUCACGAAAUCGGGUGGCAUCCUUACCUUUCCUAAUCGAGAAGUGGAACUUAGCCUAAUUUAUAGACAUCUCUAUGGAAGCCAUCCCCAUUCAUUCACUUUGGAUGGCUUUGAAAAAGGUUGCGAGCAAUUCUAUAACAGCGAUUUUAGCACAUGCAGCGAAGAUGAGUUGAACUACCAUCGUACUGGUGAUCCAAUAAACCCGCACAUGAAAAAUGUUAUGAAGGAGCUACUGCGGAUAACGAAUCCUUCAACUACUAGAGACAGAAAUGUUCAACUGGUCCCUACGGAUCGAGACGUAGUACGGGAAACUCUGAAUAAUCUAAUUGUUAGGUCAAAAGCUUUGAAUGAUUUAUCCAAUUUGUUUCAAGACGUCAUGGAGGGGCACCGUCGUACGAACCAAGCAAUCAGACAAAGAAUGUUAUCCACAAACGAAUCAGCAGUUCUCUUAAUAAAGUUUCCAAAGCUCACUGAACAACCUGAUAUUAUAAGGAAUCUGCAGCUCAACAAGAAAGAACUAGCUUACCUAGAUCAAUUACUUCGUUAUAUGCGCUCCAGAUAUGAGUCAGAAAAAUCGAUCACAUCCCACGAGAUGGUACACCUGAAGAAUAUUGCCCACAGGUAUAGUGAGUUCUUUGGAGAUGUAACGAAGCUUGUAAAACUCAUAGAAAAACACGAAGAAAGUGAAACAUGCCGAAAUGAGAUUUUCCAAGCGAAAAUGAUAUCAUUUAAGUUUCGCUUGUUUGUUUUAAAUUCCAAUAUCGAUGACCUUAUAACACUAAAACGAAGUCGCCUCGAAAAAGGUGAAUUUCUCUCUAAAAGAGUCCCAUCCCAGUGGAUAAAUGCAGAGUACACAAACGGCUGGGCUCCAGCUGUAAAAUUUCUCUACAGACAGGCAACUCAAGGAUAUUUGGGUUUUGACUAUCUAAGAAACCUUACAGUGGGAUAUGACAAGGACACACGGAUUCCACUGAGCGUGGACGCCUUGUAUUUACUUUCACUGCAACAUCGGACUGGGGGCUUCGUCUGA